AUGCAACACUUUCGCUCGGAUCCAAGUGAGCUAUUUGUUAAGCAGCAUGCCUGCAAGGCAUGGAAGAGCGGCGGUCGCACUGCCGAUGGACUGACAUCCACCUCAGAGCGACCGCAAAAGGUAGGAAAUUGGUUACAUUUCCGCCAAAACCUCUGUCCGACCACCAGCCUCAGUGACCCUGAACAUUGCUGGUUACCUGGGCUUGGCAAAGCUUACUGUGAUUUAUGGUACGUGCUGCCCUCGUUUGUUUUGGUGAUUCACCCAAACCCAUCAUCUGCCCUUCUCCUCCCCUUCUCUCACAUGAGGCUGGGCAAUUUCCGAGACCAAGACAGUACGUUAACUGGUGAGUAUAUAUGCAAGAGCGUUGAAGCGGUGAAUUUUGAAGUAAAUUAUCAUCUGACAUUUUCGAAGCAUAGAUUAUGUCUUGCCAAUUCGGACAAUCUGAAGGUGUCUAUGCCUUAA